UAAAGUUAAAAGUAAACAGCAGAUGAUUUUAUUAUAAGAUCAUGAAGUGUAAACAUUUGUUUAAUUCCUUUGUGUGUAAUGGCCCUUAUUACGGUGGCCGAGAAGUACAACAAAACCGAAAACAACACAACAAAUCAGAUCUUCAGAUGUCUCGUCCAAUCAGCGGUAGGUAAGAAUUCCAUUCCCAAACUAUACCUACCUUGUCCGGUUUGUCUGAAUUGUUUCGGUUUUGUUCAGGUGUUUUACACUUCUCGGCCACCAUGCCUUAUUCAUCAAUCAGUGAACAAAGAAUGUGUGUAUAAUGUUUGUUUUCAAGUAACGCCACUGGGGCGCAGCAGUAAAUUGUGAUUAAUCCCGUUUUUAUCUAAACGACUGUUAAAAGUGGUGGCAUAAGCUUCAUCACCUGCUGAAGGUGCUGAUGGUGCUGAACUCGCCCCGAUGAAGACCAAUGCCUUUAUAAUGACCAUCAUUAAAAAUAGAACGUUAAAGAAAAAUUAAUAUGUUGCAGCUGUGCUUUUUAACAGCUGCGCUGCCUUCAGCUGGUGACAGGAUGUGUUGAGCGCUUUCGUGACACGGAAGCCACCGCUUUCAUUCACUCUAAUUGAGCAGACACAGGCUUCGGACUUCUUUAACAGCAUCAACUGAAUAAGCGGCUGAGGGCUCCAGGAUUCAGUCCCCACGCGUACAUACAUCAUGAGGACUGUGCUACUCGGAGUAUUUAUUUUCUUAAAAGGAGCAAUUUGCACGUCUGUGUACAACUUCAAUGGAGUGAUCAGACACUUUGCUGUGGGAAACAGUAAGGUGUUUGUUGCUACAGAUUCUCAGCUUCACCAGAUGCGUCACGAUCUCGUAGAGGAAAAGAUUAAAGACAUAUCAAACACCACGCACCAGAACGCACUGAGCAUCUUGUUGCCUUUCGAGAGGAACGGAACUCUGGUCACCUGCGGCACUUCAGAAUGCGGCUACUGCGAGGUGCUGGAUAUAAACGAUAUAACCCAAACUAUCUACAGGGAGACAUCGUUGCCGUUUGGAGCGCGUGUGGACGAAUCAUCAUUUGCGUUUCUUGUCGAUGUCUUUACUUCAAACACAAGAAACGAUAUAUACAUGUUGGUGGGGAGAGAGGAUGGGGAUGAUCAAAUUAAUAAUGGCUGUAUAAUCGAAUCCGGUGUGACAUUGCGCAACACUCUCCGAUCUCAGAAUGGUGACAUUUUUUCUAAAAUAGGCGCAACUGCAGCUGAAGCCAGUAUUAAAAUUAGUGGUGUUAAGUGGGUACACGGUUUCCAGGUAUCUUCACAGUUUGAGUCCUACCUCUUCGCCAACAUUAUUCCAGGCAGAAAAGUGGUUCUCUUAAAGAUGGAAAACAGAGUGAAUAAACCAAGAAUAACGAAAUCACUGAAAGUGGCAACUUUACGCUGCUGUAAGGACCUACCUCGCCAAAAACUUGUGGCUUCCACCCUCUUGCCCGAAUCUUCUCUUUUAUGGAUGGGAAUAUUCACUGCAGAACUUCCAGAUCACCCUGAGAACACUGUUUUGGCUAUUUACAACAUAACUGCGAUCAGCCCAGGGAAUCCUACUGAAGAAUUCAAUUGUCAACCAUCAUGUGUCCCAAAGAACCCCUCAAGCCCUGUUGUAGAUCCCCUUGCUGUGGUAUUCAAACACAAUUCAAUGACAUCUGUGGUAGCACAAAUGAAUGGGUCUUGGAUUGUGCUGUACAUUGGAACUGCAAAUGGGCAACUUCUAAAGCUUGUGCUGGACACAGAUUAUAGAUCUUCCUGUGCAAAAGUGCUGUACAGAUCUGAUGAUGACAGGAUGGUGUUUCCCAAAAUGUAUUUUGACCCAGUGGAUUCUAGUUAUAUCUACAUAGCGUUGGGAAAUCAGAUUAACCGUGUUGCAGUGACUCAGUGUGGUAUGUUUGACACUUUGAGAGCCUGCAUUGGCAGCAUGGACCCUCUCUGUGGCUGGUGUGGGGUCACAAAUAGAUGCUGUAUGCAGAAGAAGUGUCAGAAUUCAACUUGGAUCUCCAUUUCUAAAGAUUCUAUUCAGAAAGAGCUAAUUUCAUUUCAGGUUUCUAUGUUGUCUGUAGAGAUCAAUCUGAGUCUACAGCUUCACCUGGAUGCCACAGAAGGUCUUCUCUUAACAUGUACAUUCAAGGCAGGAAUUGUGGAUCUGUGUAAAAGGUCUAGCACAGUUACACGUAUUCCCAAAUGCUCCUGCAAUUUCCCCGAAGAGCACCUGCCUUCUGAUGGACUCAAAGUUAUAGUGACAGCCACUAUCAGUAAUCAGACCUUGACAGAGAGCCUGACACUGAAGAGUUGCCCACACAUCACAGAGAAUAUGCAUUCAGAUGAGCAUUGUGCAGCCUGUGUCUCAGCUGGGUGUUACUGGCAAAGCGAUAACAAGACUUGUACCUGGACUCCUGUAUCUGCAUCAUAUUUACACAUACAGGACAUAUGCAAGGAGACUUCAUCUGAUAGAAACUACAUGCCAGAGAUCCUGUCUGUGUGGCCUAAUGAAGUCUCCUUCCAUGGCAAAAACAAUGCAGUGAUUAAAGGGAAAAAUCUGGAACUGGUUGUGAAAAUUCGCUUCCAAGGUUUUAUGGACUGCAAUUUAAAGGAGACACCAGUCUUGGUGCGCUCUAAUGACACACUGAAGUUCCAUAUUCCUAAUGGAAACAAAGAAAUUAUGAGGGUGUGUGUUGUUACGGCAGAUGGACGUUGUCAUAGUAAUGCCACCAUCAGAUAUAAUUCCCAGCCCACCUGUACGGAAUUGCAGCCUGGAAGCACCUGGUCCAGUGGUGAAAGGAAGAUUAGAGUGCUGGGGAGCAAUUUAGAGUUUGUGGAUGCAGUCAGUAUACACACAUCUUCCAAAGAGAUCAUCCUCAACUCAGACAACAAGAGCUUUUGGUUUCACACUCACAAUCAGGGAGAAUUCAGAGAUGCUGGACCAUUCAUUGUCUCUCUUAUAGUGGUGAACUCAACAGUGGUCUGUCCAGGUAAAAUCUCUUACCAUCCAGACCCAGUAUUCACCAGCUUCUCUACCUCUAAGGAGGUCAAUGAAGUGUUGGUCACCAUACAGAAAAAGGAAGAUAUAUUAAAUAUAGUUAAAGAGGAUCUAAAGGUGUGGGCCUUAGAGGAAGACAGGACAUUUGAUUGUAUAAUAGAGAAAGUUAAGUCCAGUGCUGUGAUUUGUAAGAUUUCUGGAAAUAAGGACAGUGAAAUCAAUGUGGACUUGCUCAAGAUUAGAUUUGGCAAUGUUACCAAAAUUUUGACACAGGAGACUCUGGAAUAUAAAUAUAUACUUGUGGCAUUAAUCAUUUUGAUUGUUCUUGGUGCUAUUGCUGGAGUAUUUAUCCACCGUAAGAGCCAGCAGCAGAUGAAUGCACAAAUGAACGAGCAUCUGGAAAUGCUGGAAAAUGAAAUCAGAAGUGAGAUCAGACAAGGAUUUGUGGAUUUGCAGACAGAAAGUUCAGAUCUGGUUGAAAAUGUCGCUGCCAUUCCUUACCUAGAUUAUAAACAUUUUGCUUUGAAAAUAUUCUUUCCUGAGGGAGGGCCGUUGGCAAACCAGAUGAUCAAAGAAAUUGGGCAGGAUGCAGUGAAGUCAGAGAUGGAUGAGAGAUGCCAAGCCUUCUCCUCAUUAAUUCAAGAUCAGACAUUCCUCACAUGUUUUGUCCAUGCUCUGGAGGAGCAGAAGAGCUUCAGCCUAAAGGACAAGUGUACAGUGGCAUCACUGUUGACUGUAACCCUGCAUAGUGACCUGCCAUACCUCACCCAGCUAAUGGAGAACUUAUUCCAGAGUCUAAUGGAUCAGCCCAGCAACGCUCAGCCUAAACUCAUGCUGCGUCGUACAGAGUCUAUUGUAGAAAAACUUCUCACCAACUGGAUGUCCAUAUGCCUUUAUGGCUUUCUUAGGGAGUCAGUUGGCCAGCCUCUCUUUCUAAUGAUAUCAGCUCUAAACCAGCAGAUUUGUAAAGGACCAGUAGAUGCAGUGACUGAAAAAGCUUUGUACACACUGAAUGAAGACUGGCUCCUGUGGCAGGCUCAGGGCUUCAACUUCAGCCUUCUGAAGUUGAAGGUGCUGUUUGCUGUUGGGACAGAGGGAGAAGUGAGUGAACCACUGGAAGUAAACGUCCUGACAUGUGAUACAAUAGAACAGGUGAAGGACAAAAUCCUGCAGACCUUCCAGCGCAAAUUUGGAUUCCGAUAUACUCAACAACUAAGAGAUAUCGGCAUUGAAUAUAUGAAGGAAGGAAGUUACGUGCCACUGGAGGAAAUAGAUGGAAGCUCUGAGGUUCAGGGGGAGGUGACUAUGCUGAACACAUUGAAGCAUUAUCAAAUCCCAGAUGGGGCUUCAAUUAAAGUAAUCACCAAAAAGGUUCAUGCCCCACUUAGUCCACAGACCAGCUUAAAAGAUGAUCAGAACUUCACUACAAAGUAUUUCCACUUGAUUGACCCAGACAUCGACACAGACCAGAGCGAACACCCAGAGAGGAAGAAACUGAAGCUCAAAGAGAUUUAUCUCACCAAAUUACUUGCCACUAAGGUGGCAGUGCACACCUUUGUGGAGACACUUUUUCGGAGUAUCUGGGGAAUGCCCAACAACAGAGCUCCCUUGGCAGUGAAAUACUUCUUUGAUUUCCUUGAUUCACAAGCUGAGAAGAAAAAGAUCAUGGAUCCAGAUGUUCUUCAUAUCUGGAAAACGAACAGCCUGCCACUGCGCUUCUGGGUGAACAUUUUGAAGAACCCUGACUUUGUGUUUAGUGACCUUGAAAAGACACCUCACCUGGAUGGUUGCCUGUCUGUCAUAGCUCAAGCCUUCAUGGACUCCUUCUCCCUAACAGACCACCAGUUGGGCAAGCAUGCACCAACCAACAAGCUUCUGUAUGCAAAAGACAUUCCUCAUUAUAAACAAGAAGUGAAGAUGUACUAUAAGCUGGUAAAGGAUCAGACACCUGUCAGCAAUCAGGAUUUUAAAGUGUUUCUCCAAGAAGAGUCAAAGAAACAUGAGAAUGAAUUCAAUGAACCUGCAGCACUAAGAGAGUUGUACAAGUACAUGGAGCGCUAUUUCACUGAGAUUGAACAACAUUUAGAGCAAAAGGAUGCCUCCUGUGGACUGAAAGAGGAAAUGCAUCGUGUGAAGGAGCUUUUUCAAAGUGUGAAAAGGAGUGCAUGGAUCUGAGCCAAUAUACCUACAACACUCUGAAUAUAUUCCCUGUCACCUUAAAUCUUACCUGUCUUCUUCUAAAACAGCACAUACAGCAUGAACCUGUGCAGCACAUGAAAUCUAUGAGGAGUUCAGUUUAACUUGAAGCUGUGCACUGCAUUUCUUUCCUCUGGCUGUCAUCAAGAGCAGAAACACUAAUGUGGAAGCUGGACAUAUCUUAAAUACACAAAAAUUUUCACAUUAACAUAAUAAUGCCUCCCAAUGGCCAAGUCAUAUUGUAAAAGAAAGCAAUAUGGUCACAGGUAAGGAUCUCAAAGAAAAUGUUAGCAUUAUAUUAAAAAUAACGUUAAUAUAAGCUAUGCUUGUCAUGCUAAACCAUGAGCUAUAGUGUGCUGUCAAAGGAAUCUUCUGAAGUGAAGUGUCUUUGGUCAAUCACCACUGUAAAAACGUAUUUGAUUCAUUAUGGUACAGCAUGUAGCAUACUAUACAACAAUGCUAGAUAUUUCUAUUAUAUCAGUUUUCUGUUAUUUCUGUUAUAUUUCCCUUUUUAAUUUUAGGGUGCAUUAAGAGUGCAGAUGAUGAAUAAACAUGAUAACCAUACACAUCAGUGUUAAUAAAGAGAAAAUUCUUUUACAAAUCUGCA